AACUUUCCCGUGUCAACCAGAAGGGGUUUCUGUCUCGGCGUUUCUUUUCAGUUUUUCCAAUUAUUUUCUGUUGUUCCCGCCGCAAGUCCUUACUUCACUAUGCAGCCAGGUGUUUUCCGCGCUCUCCCUAAUUAGUUACGAACUCGGGCGUGGAUGAUUUUAUUGGGAAAACAACGAGAAAUUGUGUGAGCAAUUGAAAAGGUUCUAAUUUGCGCGAAUCGAGUGUGUGAGGUGUGUGUGCUCUGGGCUCAAAAACGACGAUAGGGGCGAACGUUUUCGCAUUUUUUGUAUUUUCGUGGUGCUUUGCAUUUCGGUAGGUGGAUGACUAAAUGCUGAGAUCCAUGCGAACUGUGCGGGUUGGUUUGUUGUUGACUUCUGUUACGUAAACAAGAAUCGAAGUUUGGGGGUGUCCUGUGCGCGGAACAUCAAACGUAUCGUUGCGUUCAGUUUUGUGAUCCUUUGGUGGCCUUAAAGUGGAUAAAUAAUCAACCAAGUGAUUUCCUUGUGUAUUCGCUGGGUGCUCCAGAGUCUGGCGCAAUACGCUUCCAACGGAACCUUGACAGUCGACACACCUGCAUUAGGUGCAGUUUCCAGUUUUGGAGCUGGCAAUAGGAGCAGGAAGUGCACUACUAUGCAGCGCUGGACACCGUUCCUCGACUAGACCCAACGCAACCUGUAGCCGCGACGUGCCCCGCAGCCGUGUAGAUUACGUGACGAGCGCAACAGUGCCCCGACGAAAGAAUGCCUUUUAAUUUCCUGAAGAAGUCUCGUCACUACAAUGUAACGUCAAAACGUCUCUUCGUCAUUUCGAUUCAUCACCUUCUGGAUACAUCAACGACCGUCGAUUGCACCUUAAGCUCCGAGAGUACCGGACAGGAAUGCUUGGAGAACGUAUGUCAACGUCUUACAAUCAAUCAACCCGAAUUUUUUGGACUUCGUUACAUUGUAAAGGGAACCAAGGGCGAAACACGAUGGAUAGAUCUAGAACGCCCACUUCAUCGUCAACUGGAAAAACAUGCAGUUGGGACAAAACUUCACUUACGUGUCAUGUACUACGUAACGUCUGGUGUAACACUCCUAGAUGACGAAGUGUCUCGUUACUACUACUACCUGCAAUUGAAAAGUGACGUAGAGGAGGGCAAAAUAUCGUGUGAUAUAAAACAAGCAAUCAUCCUGGCACUGUACUGUCGUCAAGCUGAAUAUGAUGGAUAUCAAAAAGAUAAGAACACAAUAGAAUAUCUGAAAACACUUUUACCAUUUCCGAAACGUAUGAUCGAUGAAGGUGUCAUUCAUGAUCGUUUGAUCGAGGAGGUCAUACAACAAAACCCUGGACUGCAAAAUCUUACCCAAAGUGCAGCAGAGGAGCUUUAUAUUGCAGCUUGUCAACAAUUGGAUGGAUAUGGAAAAGAAAAGUUCCUGGUCAGGGACAGUGACAGCUACCAAGUUCAACUAGGAAUCGCUAUAAGUGGAAUUGCAGUCUCCUAUCCAGAUAGGACUCGCUUCUAUUCCUGGCACGAAAUCAACAAUGUGGUGAAUUUGAAAAGAACCUUCAACAUUGAAUGUAACAACAACACAGUAAGUUUCACAUUUCCUGAUGCGGAAAGCGGAAGAUACUUCUGGAAACUGUGCGUGCUUCAACACACCUUCUAUAUGAAAUUUGAGAAAAAUCAAACGGAUGUGUGUGAACCGAAUCUUUUUCAAAAUGUUCCAGAGGAAGUUAAUGACAGCCGCGAGGAUUUAAUCGACGAAAGGAAUGUGUAUUGCCCGGAAACUCCAGUAUCAGGAAUGCAAAGUGCUGCAGCGAGUAAUAUGUCCUUGGCCACACAACAGCUUAUAAGAACUUCAGGGCAGAGUUGGACAACCGUGCCACAAGAAUAUGGCUCACAAAACUGUAACCAUCCUUACUUGUUAGACCAGGCCGAUGGAAGCCGUCUUCAGAGCUUAUCUUGUUUAGAUCUAAGCAACAACAAUAACUAUAGUCAAGAACGUGAAAGACUUAAAGCUUUGCUUCCCCAGUACCGACCGGCACCUGAUUAUGAAACAGCAAUUCAACAAAAAUACCUUUCAAAUUCGACAGAUAUUCAUUUGAAUUCUUCCCAGCUGCCGCGUCGAGCACCUUCAACUGGAAUACUCAAUGAUCGGCCAAUAUUCUCCGGGAGUCAACCGGAUGUUAAUCAUUUAAAUAACGGAAGGAUUGACGCAUUGCGAAAUCAAAUUUUACAGCAUAAGUACCCUGACGUUACUCAAACAGCGAAUACUUCACUCUUAGGACAACUGAAUAUUAACAUGUACACAAAUUUGGAUUUAGCGCAACGCCUGCAAAUGAUGAAGAUCAAACCUCCGCCCCCAUAUCCUGCAAAUAGACUGAGUUCAACUUCAACGCCAGACUUGGCGGUAGCUAGCCAUAGAACGCUCCUAGGAUAUCGUGGAGCUUAUGUAUCAGGUUCUAGUCCAGAUUUAGUUUCAACACGUCAGUUUCUAAACACGCAAUAUGGUCACUAUCCAUAUCAAAUAGGACAGUCGCAACCAUACCUACCCCAUGGAACUUUUGAGAAUUUGAAUAUGAUUGAGGAACAACCAUCUAUUGUAUUGCCUCUAAGACAGCCCAUGAAAAAUCAUCAGCCGUAUCGGCAGCAACAUCAUCUACAAGAUUCAAAUGGGGUCCUACAAAGAUCCACGAAAAAUGGCUCAAUUGAACCGAUCUAUGAAAAUGUACCUCUCCCUUGGCAACCUGAACCGUCCAAUGAAAUGCGAAAUCGAACGUCAAGCAUUCAGUCGGCUCCGGGUGGGAUGAGGCAUGAAAAUAUUCUCCAUACAACCGGUCAUGUGGAUGAACAACAACACAAUCCCCGAAUUGAAAUAUCAACCCCAGAUACUCAUCAAAUCAGUGCACCUCCAAGAGAAAUGCGCCACAGUACAGUGCCACCAACCCUUACUCAAAAUCUUAGUAGCUCCUCGUAUCUAACACGCGAUCAAAUGGAACCUCCUGAUCGUGCAGUAUCAACCCCGUCCUCAUCAUCCCUCCAUCAACAGCAACAAACCCAUACACAACCCCAACAUCAGCAUCAUCAGCCGCCGAUAAGACUUCAAUCCGAGCCAAUUCAUCAUAAUUCAUCACACAUCUCAUCGACAUCAUUUUUCAAUUCUUCAUCAACACCAAUGUCGCAUAAUUCCACAACUACCACAACAUUCUCCAUUAAUGAUUCGAACGUUUCGGCUGCAACGAAGGAGAAACGAAAAAAUCGUUGGGGAAUUUUAGGUAGAAAGAAAAAUACGGAUAAGCAGAAAAGUGCUACGCUUGGACGUGAAAAAUCGAAGAAUAAGGAGAAAGUUGAAUUAACGAAACAGGAUGUCAAUUUGAGGCAUAGAUGGUCAACGGGAGUUUCGAGACUGCAACCCCUAUCAGCUACGUUUAGUAAGGACAAAUUGUGUCAAAUUCUCGAUUCAAAAUUAAAUGAUUCGCAACUAUUCAUGGAAUUCGAACGAAUACCGAAAAGAAGACAAAGUGCACGUUACGAUUGUGCAUUACUCGAGGAGAAUAAAACGAAGAAUUCUGAUCCCAACUUCCUGCCGUAUGAUGACAAUCGUGUACGAUUAACACCAACCAUGGACAAUCGAAUGGGAUACGUGAAUGCAUCGCAUAUAACUGCAACAGUAGGAACAACGCAACGCUUUUAUAUAAUUGCUCAAAGUCCGCAUGAUAGUUUAACCACAAACAUUUUCUGGCAAUGCGUGUGGGAGGCCGACGUUUAUCUUAUAGUUCAGCUAUCAGAAGAAUUAACGUAUAUUCCACCGACAACGAAUCGAUGUCUUGAGUUUGGACAAUUUCAAGUCUACCAGGAAUUCUCACAAACAACUGAUCGAUGUGUUACUAGCAAGUUGAGGCUGUACCAUGUACAGUCGCGAAGGUAUCGCUCCGUCUGGCAUCUUAGCUACUCCGAGUGGAAAGAACAAAACUGUCCCCGAGACGUUGGACAUUUCCUUGAUUUUCUGGAGGAGCUGAGUUCCGUACGAUUGGCGUCAAUUAAUGAAGUACCGCCCGGGCAUAAUACCAACCCACCGGUUUUGGUUCAUUGCAGCGAAGGUGGCGGACGAUCGGGCGUAACAUUACUCGCCGAUUUACUGCUUUAUACAUUAGAUCAUAACGAGGAUUUGGAUAUACCACGGGUAACUGGACAACUAAGACAUCAACGCGAUAAUAUUAUCCCAUCGCUGGCACAGUACAAAUUCAUAUACGCCUUACUGAUUACAUAUUUGAAACGAACUCGUCUUAUCUAAAAGACAUCAAAGUGUAAAUUAAUUUGUAUCUUUGCUAAGAGAAAAGUAAUGGAAAAAGUUGUAUAAUUCUCAUUAGAUAACCCGUAAUACGCUCUGUUAGAGAACUUCCAUUGGUCUAUUUAGAUAUAUCCAUUGUUUAACGCCAAAUCCAUUUGUUUUAAGUUACACAAAUGUUUUUGUGUGCGUAUACACGAAGCCGAACAUUAUUUUUAACAUUUAAUGAAAGAAAAUUAUAAAUAACGCAACUAAUUGAUUAUAACGAAAACUGAACGCAGUAAUCCCUCCAUUAAAAUAUAAAAAAAAAACAUAUUAGGGAUGUUUACUCGAUGCUGACAUCCCCAAUGCGAUUUCGAUUUAUUUACAAAGUAAAAAAAAAUCACUUUUAACUGAUUAGUGUUUAGAUGAGGAAUUUCAAUUCGAUUCGUAAGGAAGAACGUGUUUCAGGCAGCUAAAAUUUUAAAAACACUUCAAAUAUCAUGUGCCUUAAAAUUAAUGAUAAUUAUCUUUGCAUACAAUUAAUAAAUAGGAGAGCACUCCACACUUUUCUAUAGGAAAUUUCGCUGGAAUUAUCAUCGCUUAGGAAUUAAUGCAGGUGUGAAAUAUUUCUUUUUUAGAUAGUGGAAAGUAUAACGUCCUAAAAGAAGUGAAUGAAACGAACUGGUGCUGAUCAUUGCUCCUUAGACAUAUUUGUAUUGUUUUAUAUAUGCAUUAUUAUACAUACAAAUUACGAUACAUUCAUUACGUAGAGAAUGUUAAGCAUGAAAUAUUGUGUAUCUAGAUAUGAACAUAUUGUAUGAGAAAAGCGAAGCAAUAAUUGUACGUAUACAUUUCGAUUUUUAAUAUAUUUUAUUUUAAUA